UUAAAAAACCACCGGAACCAUCUCUUCUUUUUUUUUUCUAAUUAUUUUUGGGUUCAUAAUAUAAAAGUGUAGAAGUUUCUUGGAUUGCGAAGAGCCGUGAAAGUUAUCUAUCUCUAUCUUUACAUUCACGGUGUUAAUACUUCCAUUCAAUCCGCAUCAUCAUCAAAAUUCUAUCAUCAUUAAUCAAACUGAAAAUCCUCAUUCUCACGGAACUUUCUCGACAAUUAGACGUAACUAACGCAGUACCUUCUCGUUCCUUCCUUUCUUUAUUUUUCUCUCACUUUCUCUCUCUUUCCUCAUCCUUUUAUUCUCAACCGAACCUUCUAGAAUCACCACAAUAACACCCCCUAUCUCUCUCAACACAAAAACAGCCGCCGGCGAUAUUUUUCGUCAUGGUACCGCCUCUGCCACCGGUGGAAAACGGAGAAUCCACCACGACAGUUUCAAUUACAACCCCCGCUAUAGAGUCUCAGAGAUCUAUUCCAACGCCGUUUCUCACCAAAACCUAUAACCUAGUUGAGGAUAAAUCCAUCGACGACGUUAUUUCAUGGAACGAAGAUGGAUCCACCUUCAUCGUUUGGAACCCUACCGUUUUCGCUAGUAAUUUGCUUCCAAAAUAUUUCAAACACAAUAAUUUCUCAAGCUUCGUUCGUCAACUCAAUACUUACGGAUUUAGAAAAGUAGUACCUGAUCGGUGGGAAUUCUCGAACGAUUGUUUCCGAAGAGGUGAGAAACGGCUUCUAUGCGAGAUUCAACGCAGGAAAAUCUGUUCUGCCAUACCGACGUCAGCGUCUAUUGCUACAGUUGCGGCGGUGGAAACCGCGACGGUUGCGGUUCCUUCACCUAUGCCGCUGACUGUAGUACCUAUGGCGACGCCGAUGGUUUCACCGUCGAACUCCGAUGAAGAACAAGUGAUAUCAUUGAGUUCGUCUCCGUCGCGAGCGCCAUCGGAGCUUCUCGACGAGAACGAGAGAUUGAAGAAAGAGAAUGUUCUGUUGAACAAGGAGCUUGCUGAGAUGAGAUUGCUCUGCAACAAUAUAUACACUCUCAUGUCAAGUUAUGCAAACAACAACAACAAUAGCAAUAGUGGUAACAAUAAUAUUCAAACGGACGGUGGCGCGCUAGGAAGCAGAGAGUCCGGAAUGACGGCGGCGAAGCCGUUGGAUUUGAUGCCGGCGGUGAAACGAAGCUCCGGCAUGGAAGAGAUGAAUCCGAAGCUGUUUGGUGUUGCUAUUGGAACGAAACGAGCUAGAGAAAACGGUUGUGAAAGUGGAGAAAGUGGAAGAGAUGGUACACUGUUGGGACUACAUCUAUCUGGUUCUAUGGACGUAAAAUCAGAGCCGUUGGAUUGUCAGGAUAGUCACCAUAAUGAUCAAACGCCGUGGUUUAACCGGUGUAAUAGAGUGAAUGAGAGUUUGUGUAAAUGACACCUGGCGGUCUAGUAUGCAAAAGACAAGGUUUAAUGGUUAGAUUAGAUAGUUAAUGGUUAUAGGAAUCUCACGCGAAGGUGCACCUGAUAAUCUGUCACGUGUGUCGUUUAAGCGUGUGGGGCCGAUUCUAGAAUACUAUUUUGGCUUUUUCUUUCA